CCCUACCUCUCCGUUGGAGACUAGGGUUUACAGCCAUCUGCUCUCCUUUGGUCGUCUUCGUCUUGGCCUUCCCAAACCACCUCCCUCCCCCCGACUUAUCCCCAUGGGCAAAUCCGGCGCAAAAAAGAAGAAACCCGCCGCCGCCGCCUCCGCCUCCGCCGCCGCCACCAAAUCAUCUCCCGCCGCAACAGAGCCGAAGGCACCGACGCAGUCCCAGCCCCCCGCGGCCAACGGGGCGGCGCCGCAUCUGGUGGACCCCGCCGUGCUCCUGCGCCGCGCGCACGAGCUCAAGGAGGAAGGCAACCGCCUGUUCCAGUCCCGCGACUACGGCGGCGCGCUGCGGCAGUACGAGCUCGCUCUCCGCCUCGCCCCGCGCGGCCACCCCGACCGCGCCGUCUUCCACAGCAACCGCGCCGCCUGCCUCCUCCAGCUCCGCCCCGUCGACCACAAGGCCGUCGCCGAGGAGUGCUCCCUCGCUCUCCAGGCGGAGCCGCUCUUCCCGCGCGCGCUCCUUCGCCGCGCCCGCGCGCUCGAGGCGCUCGGUCGCCACGAGCUCGCGCUUACCGACGCCCUUGCCCUCCUCGCUCUCGACCCCGACCACCAGGACGCCGUCGACCUCGUCCACCGCCUCCGCUCCCGCAUUCUAUCCCCGUCCUCCUCAGCCUCAGGCUCUGCCACCUCCACCCCCGAACCAACUAGCCGCCCCUCCCCUGCUGCUCUUGGUGCCUCCGCUGUUGUUGCCGGCCUAGGCCCGUCCCUCCCCGCUCGCCCUUUCCCCAAGAAACCAUCACCUCCUCCUCCGCCUGCUCAACAACAGCAAUCGGUUCCUCCAAUGUCAAAAUUUAAUCCGUCGCCACCAUCGCCCAAGUUGGUGCCUUUCUCCAACUCUCCGCCAUCUUCUGCCAACGCAUCAGCUGCUGAGAGCUCCCAGAAGGUCACGCCGACACCUCUGGUUCCCUCUUCACUUUCGUUGAAAGACAAAGCGCUGAUGGACAAGAAGGUUGUCACAAGAUCAAGGCCGCUCAAGCUGGUGUACGAUCAUGAUAUAAGGCUUGCGCAGAUGCCAGAAAAAUGCAGCUUCCGAACACUCCGUGAAGUUGUGGCAUCACGAUUCCCAUCGUCCAAGGCUGUGCUGAUUAAGUAUAAGGAUGCUGAUGGUGAUCUGGUUACCAUUACUUGUUCCGCAGAACUUCGAUUGGCCGAGUCCUGUGUUGAUAUAGCUGGCAGUGAGGUGAUAGAAGAUGGUGCACGGCAUGGUCAGAAACUUCCAAUGUUGAGACUUCACAUUGUUGAAGUAAGCCCAGAUCAGGAGCCUCCAAUGCCAACAGAAGAGGAGAAGCUGGAGCAGGAUAAUGAGUUGCUGGUGAAAGGUGAAGAUAACUCUCCACAUGCUUCAGCAGCUGUGGUGACUGAUGCAGAGGUGACGAAACAAGAUGUGGAGAAUGUAGUUGCUGAAGCUGAACAGAACACCCUGACAGGGAAGAAAGAUUGUGGCCAUGCUGAGUGCAAGGAAGCUGAAAUUGAUGAUUGGCUUCUUCAGUUCGCAGAUUUAUUCCGGAACCAGGUUGGUGUUGAUGCAGAUGCACAUCUGGACCUGCAUGAACUGGGAAUGGAGCUGUGCUCUGAGGCGCUUGAGGAAACGGUUACAAGUGAGGAGGCACAAGCCCUCUUUGAGAUGGCUGCAGCUAAAUUCCAAGAGGUUGCUGCUUUGGCCCUAUUCAACUGGGGAAAUGUGCACAUGUGUGCCGCAAGGAAACGCAUUCCCCUAGAUGAAUCGGCUCCAAAGAAAGUCAUGUCAGCUCAGCUCUGCACAGCUUAUGAUUGGGUGCGAGAUAGGUAUGCUCUUGCAGGGAGCAAGUACGAGGAGGCUCUUAAAAUCAAGCCGGACUUUUAUGAAGGGCUACUUGCUUUAGGCCAGCAACAUUUUGAGACUGCAAAGCUUCAUUGGUCAUUUGCACUAGCAGACAAGGUUGACCUGUCUGCUUGGGAUUCUUCACAGACAUUCAAGCUUUUUGACAGUGCUGAGCACAAGAUGAGGGCUGCAACAGAAAUGUGGGAGAAAGUAGAAGAGCAAAGAAUGGCAGAAUUAAAAGAACCAUCUAGCGAGGCACUGAAGAAAAGGAAGAAGCAACAUAAUGCAGAUGGUCAAGGGGAGUUGACUCCAGAGGAGGCAGCUGAGCAGGCAGCAGUAAUGAGGCAGCAAAUUCACCUGUUCUGGGGUAAUAUGCUUUUUGAGCGUUCUCAAGUGGAAUUCAAACUUGAUAUCGCUGAUUGGAAGAAGAAUCUUGAUGCGUCCAUUGAAAGGUUUAAGUUGGCUGGAGCGUCAGAAUCAGAUAUCUCUGCAGUCUUGAAGAACCAUUUUUCCAACACAGUUUCUGAGUGUGAAGAUAAGAAAAUCAUGACUUUAGAUACAGGAAUCUCCCAAAUAAGUAACAAUAUUGAGGACAAGUGUAUCCUUGAAAGCUAGGUUUUCAUGGUUUUAAGUUGGAUAACAUCCAUGCCCAUAUUCUUAUCUGUUCUUGAUAAUAUUUUCCUGAUGUUGUUUUAUGACCUCCUAAUUAGGGAUUACAGCACAAUGAAUUUUCCGUUACCUGCAGAACUGGUGCAUACUCUGCUUGCUCCUUAAUGUUAUUUUCUCAUUUGUUAUUAAUCUUUGAGAAAAAAAAUACAGAUCACA